CAGCCGCAUUCUUCAGCUGUUUCCCGCCAAACAUCGCCAUUAGAAGGUGCAACUCGGUUUGCCGCGACGAUUCCCAGGAUUUUUGACGGGAAAAACCUAGAUCAGCUCAUACGGGGCACUUUAGGAGCGAGGAAUGUCCGUGAGUCGCAAAAGGAGUGACAAAGCCAACUUGGAAAAUUCGGAAGUCAAGAUUGUUGGCCGUUCAAUAAGGUAUUCAAUGGAGGCCCUGGACGAAUUGGUAGAGCAUGACUCGAUUUCGACCGCCUAUGCUGGUUGCAACUCAGCGCUAGGCGAGAAUUCUAAUUCUGGUACCGAACAGACGCCGCCAAUGGAGCAGGAAAAGCGAAUUCGGCGCGAAAUCGCCAAUUCCAACGAGAGGCGCCGCAUGCAGAGCAUCAACGCGGGCUUCCAGUCCCUGCGCACCUUGCUGCCACACCACGAGGGCGAGAAGCUCAGCAAGGCUGCUAUUUUGCAACAAACCGCAGAAUACAUCUACCAGCUGGAGCAGGAGAAGACCCGGCUGUUGUCACAAAACUGCCAGCUGAAAAGGGUGAUAAAUUCCUCCGAGGGUGAUGCAGGCGCCACCAAGAAGAGGCGACUGGAGGCCGGUAAGGAAGCUCCCGUGGCAGGCGCUUCAGAACCUGUCGAGACUGGCGAACCGACCAAAUACAAGAUCGUCAUCUCAUCCUCAGGAGUUGUUUGUGUCAAUGAGUCUUCGGCUGACGAGGGUAUCGGGAGCAUGUCCCCUGAACCCAAUCUGCUGGAUACCGGUGAGCAGUCCGUCGACGCGCUGCGCAAAGAGAUGAUCGAACUUCGCAUGCAACUGGACCGGGAGCGGCGUCUGAGGCUGCAGCUCGAGGAGCAGGUCCGGAGUCUCGAGACUCAGCUCUAUCCGGAACGCAUCCGCGAAAUCACACAGCAGGUGCAGAUGCAGUACCAGCAAGUCAUCCCAGAGAACAUGAUUGAAACCAGUGAGACGGACGGCUCUCACUCCAUCCACAUUGACAAGCUGGACGCCAUCCCUCAAACUGUGGAAGAAGAGUUCCUGCAAGUCAGCCCACCGCCAUCACCAUCAGCCACCACUAUUGUGGCCAUUGAUGAGUCUGAGCAGGAUAGAAUCCCAAGCGUGCUCGAAGCAGCCAUCAAGGCUGAACCCAAAGUUGAAGUUGAGGUGGCACCUCGCAUUUCAUCUCCGAACUCCUCCGAUGAAAUGCAGACAAGGCUGUAUGCUCCCAGCACAUCUCGCCAAAAUCUAGAGACGAUUGUCGAGGCCAUUCGUCACCUGGAGGGAGACCACCUGUUCAGCGACGAGCCGGCCCCUCAGCAGGAAGUGCCGCUGGCUCUUACCACCAGUUCGGGCCGCAUGCUGAAAGUGGAGGUGAGCCCAAUGGACCUGGGCUUCAGACAAGGCACAACAACCGUCCUUAGAACUGGCGCCAGUCAGAUCAUUUUGCCAGCCGCUGCUGUCAAUGCGGCCCAGCAACAGCAACGUCCAGGCGUCAUUGUGGUCAAGCAGCACACGUAAAUGCUGAGCGAAUCACAGCAUUUUUUCUUAUAGUCCUUUUACUUGUUAAUUCAUAACUUGAUCCCUGAUUGAAAUGAUAGAUUUUGGAAAGAGCAAUGUAUACUGCCUACAAAUUUGUAGCCACUGUAAAUAGACGGAGGAGGUGUGAGAGCCGGGCUUUGUUUUACUUUCUGCAGUUCAGUUACGCUUGGGCCUAUCCAAUGGUCACAAAUAAUUACUUCUUACUUGUCUUUGUAGUUAGAAAUGUGUCAAAAUUACAGAUCCUUUAAAAAGUUAAAUUUAUUUUAUAGCGUUCCAACGAAGGGAACAGUACUGAUAUUUAAAUAAUUUGAAGCGAAGUAAAACCCUCUCGCAGCCUGUUGGAAAAAAGAGAAAAAAUUCUUGUAAAGAGUAAGCGUUAAUAACGCCAUUUCUUUAUUAAAUGUAAAAUUUCUUGUAGUGGUAAAAUGUACGUGAAUGCAUAGUAUCAAGUGAACAGUUAUGAAAGGAUUUUCCCGCAUAAAUUGAACUAUUUAGAUUUGCAACCCUGCCAAAUGUCUUGCAUGAUGUACUAAAUUUUGCAGUUAUAUCAAAAUCUACUUGUUCAGGAAAAAAAUUACCCCUUGCCGCAACUACUUUCUUUUUUUUUUAGCAAAGUCUGAUUUGCUGUCUAAAUCCUAAAAUAGGAAGACUGAGGAGACUAUUUGUGUGGACUUACCUUGUGAUUUAGUGAGGUUGAAAACCUUUGAUUUGCAAGGUCUGAAUUGUAACAUAAUUUUAUACAAUUGGAAUUAAAAAAAAAAAAAUAUUUUCUAAAGGCUCAUUAUCCAAUAAAUCGCUGUACUAAAAAAGUGGACAUUUCGGGGUAGGAAGGCGGCACUAAACAAAAAAAAGUUGGAAAUGUGUUGACCAGUUGACAAUUUUGUCCUGAUUGCUGGCAAUAAAUGGGGCAUCGGCCGUCUUCCGUCACAGGUACUCAUUAAAGCAGCUCAAUCCAAAGUUUCUCUCUUGUUUAGGUGAAAAUUUGACUUUGCUGCAACACAAGGGGAUGGUGCAUUGCUCAAACUCCGAGGUCCACUCUGAUCACUUAAUAUUCAUACAUAAUAUAUUAUAUAGACAACGGUUGCAUCAAA